AUGUCGUCUGAUAGUGAAUCCAGUGAUGAUGACACUCAAAAGCUGGUGCAGGAGCGGAACAAGAAGGCCAAAAGUGGCGGAUUUUAUGCAUUGGGACUGUCAUCUAAAACUGUCAAAGCAGCUGUAAAGAAAGGAUACAAAGUUCCAACACCAAUACAAAGGAAAGCCAUUCCUCUGCUUCUAGAUAAACGUGAUGUGGUUGCGAUGGCAAGAACAGGAUCUGGAAAGACUGCUGCAUUUUUGCUUCCUAUGAUAGAACUUUUGAAGGAGCACAGUUCUAUUGUUGGUUUUAGAUGCCUUCUUUUGUCUCCAACAAGAGAACUUGCUAUUCAAUCCAUGAAGUUUUGCAAGGAGUUUACCAAAGGAAGAAAUCUGAGGAUUGCCCUCAUUCUGGGAGGUGAAAGUAUGGCUGAACAAUUUCAAUCGCUUCAUGACAAUCCUGAUAUUGUGAUAGCUACCCCUGGUAGAUUAGUGCAUGUCAUUCAUGAAAUGAAUCUCAAAUUAUCAUCAGUUGAGGUUUUGAUAUGUGAUGAAGCUGAUCGAUUGUUUGAAAUGGGAUUUGCUGAACAGCUUCGUGAUAUCUGCACCAGACUUCCAACAGAAAGACAAACCGCUCUUUUUAGUGCAACUCUUCCAAAAACUGUUGUUGAAUUUGCUCGUGCAGGUUUAAAGGAACCCGUGCUGGUAAGACUUGAUUUAGAAUCUAAGCUUAAUGAUGGUCUUAAAACAGUCUAUUUAAGAGUAUCUGAAGAUAAUAAAUGGGCAGCUCUUCUUCAUCUGAUAGAAUUUACCAUUAACAUCAAAACUGAACAGACUGUUGUUUUCUUUCCUACAAAACAUCACGUAGAAUACUGUGUGGAACUUUUAAACAGCAUAGACAUUCCUUGUGCUCACAUUUACAGUUCUUUGGAUCAAACUGCUCGAAAGAUAAAUGCUGCAAAAUUUUUCAUGAAAAAGGUCAAUGUCCUUCUGGUAACCGAUGUUGCUGCACGUGGAAUGGAUGUUCCAUUACUUGAUAAUGUAAUCAAUUUCAAUUUUCCACCAAAACCCAAGCUCUAUGUACACAGAGUUGGCAGAGUUGCUCGUGCUGGUAAGACAGGUACUGCAUACUCUUUAAUUGGUGGUGAUGAAAUUGGGUUUCUUUUUGAUCUCUACCUGUUUCUUGGUAAAAAUCUUUCAAUUGUUACACCCACCAAUCCUGGCUCAGAUGACGACUCUUUUGGCAUUAUUCCGCAGCAUCUUGUUGAUACUCAAAAUGAGCGUCUAUCCAGUUUCCACAGGCUUAACUGUUUACUCCCUGCAGCAUUGAAGGUCUGUCAAAAUGGCUACAAGCAUUAUCUUCGAUCCCGUGGUCACCCUGCCUCAGAGUCAAUCACAAGAGCAAAAGAACUGACAACUUUGGCAGCUCACCAAGUGUUUCAAGCUGAUCACACCACUGUCGAGAGAGAUUCAUUGCUCGACCAACUUCGUUUAUACAGAGGAAAAACAACAAUUUUCGAGGUGAAUAAGGACAAUAAGAAUGAAUUUCAAGAUAUCAUGAAACGAAAGAGGAAAAUGCAUGAUAAGUACAAGACUUCUGCUAAAGUUCCAAAACUCGAAAAGACCACCCGAACUCAAUCUGACAAUCCUCAGGAGUCCUCCACAUCAGAAUUAAGUUCAGUGUUUGUGGAAGUUGUGAAACCAACUAUUGAGGAUGAUGCUUACAUACCAUAUACGAGGCCUGGAAACCAAGAUGCAGAAGAUAGAGCUUUCAGUAUUGGAUUUAAUCAGGAUACUGCUGAAGCCAGUUUUGAUAUCAUUGGAGAUGACAGUGACAUGAUAAAGAAACAAAAGUCACUGGAAAAAUGGGAUGACAAAAAGAAGAGAUUCUUGAAAGUGAGGGCUUUUGAUAAGAAUGAAAAGACUGUCAAAGCAGAAGAUGGAUCUAGAGUCAAAGCAUCCUACAAAACUGGCAGGUACAAAGAUUGGAUGAGCAAGUCUAAGAAAACAUCACUUGCUAUCGGUGAAACAGAAGAUUCUAAUACUAGGGGAGUAAGUGUUAGAAAGAGAGGCUGGCAUUAUACUAAAGAAAAAACUGGAAAAUCAGAUUUGAAAUCAGUUGACACAAUCAUAAAAGACAGAAAAGUCAAAGCUAAGAAUAGAGCUCAACAUUUCAAUAACAAAAAAGGUGGUGUAUCAAAAGGUGGUGGUGGUGGUGGAUCAAAAGGUGGUGGUGGUGGUGGUGGUGGUGGUGGUGGUGGUGGUGGUGGAAUGAAGUCAGGUAAAUCUGGUGGUUUUAGAACAAAAGGAAAUGUUAGUGGACCAAAAGGCACUGGUAUGAAGUCUGGUAAACCUGGAGGUUUCAAAUCAAAAGGUGCUGGUUUUAGUAAAUCGAAGUUCAAGAAAUGAGUUUUAGCAGGUAUGAUGAGUUCAUGUUUUAAAUGAUUUAAAUGUCAGCCCAUUGAAGAAUAUUCACCAUCAAAUAUAUUCAAGAUCGAAACAGUAAAUUGACACUUGACAGGGACAAUAUAUCAUGCCAUUGCACUUGCAUAGUAGUGUUGAAGUUUUUGGAGAUAUGAUUCAUUGUGAAAAUUAUCAUCAAUUUUAAUGACAGUGUACAAAUUUUAAUUUAUUUCUGAGGA